UGGAGUGCCAUGACUUCUAGAAGCGGAACUAUAUCGCCUGAGCUCCAGUUGACAGGCGGACGGUAUUCAGCGCUGCGCACUGUGAAGAGCAGGAAGGGCACGGAGGCCAAUAUGGCGCUGACCGGUGUGUUGCCGAGGCUCGGCCUGUUUCGGGUCACCGGGGUUCGGUAUUGCUCCGGUUUUCGGAGUGCUUACAGCUUAGAUAAACUGUACCCGGACAGCACAAGGCGGACGGCUGAGGAAAACACUAAGGAUUACAGAGACAUACCUGUUGAUCGGUUGACCAUCUCCUAUAGUAAGAGCGGCGGGCCUGGAGGACAGAAUGUUAACAAAGUUAACACAAAGGCUGAAGUGCGUUUCCAGUUAUCCUCCGCUGAAUGGAUUCCUGAAGAUGUUAGGCAGAAAAUCUCAGUGCAGAACAAAAACAGGAUCAACCGAAAUGGGGAGCUAAUCGUAGUUUCAGAAAUUAGUCGUUACCAGAUGCGCAACUUGGCAGACUGUCUGGAUAAAAUUCGCAUUAUGAUUUCACAAGCCGACCAAAAGCCGAAAGUGGAGACAAAAGAAGAUAUUGAGCUUCGAAAAAACAGACUUGAAAAAAUGAACCGUGAAAGGCUACGACAAAAGAAGCUUAAUUCUUCUAUAAAACAGAGUAGAAGUGUUAGCAUGGAGUGAUGCCAAGCAUUCAGUAGUGGACUUUGUAUUGCAGCGAAAAGGCUUGAGAUGAAGUCUUGGAUUAUGAAGAAGCCUGCCACUGAGUUAUAUGUAAAGAUUUCUGAAGAGUAAAAUGUAAUGUGCUCAAUAAAUUGUGUGAGAUUGCAGCAUUUUAUACAUAAUGCAAAAUAUUUAAUAAACGUCUGUACAGAUUU